GGGCCGGCGCGGCGGCAGGAAGGGGGGUCGCGGCGACAGCGCGCGGCAGCCCCCGGUGUCGCCGGCGCUGCCAGCAGCGCUCAGGGAGCUCGGCCGGGAGUCGGCGGCGCGGCGCGGCUUCCUCCCUGUCACACUCGUUGCUUCUGUGACAACCUUUAUUUUCUUCUGAGCAAAUGGAAGCCCAGUAGCACGAACCUCAGGAAGUUGUUAAGCAAUUAAAGGCUUCUCUCUCUCAGCACAUUGCAUGGUUACCAUAGUAUCCUCUGCCUCCAAGUCUUUACUGAUGAUGUCAGUAUGCAUACAGGGGCUAUUCACUGCACCUACACGAAGAUGAUUCAGCCCUUGCUAAAGAGCAUCUCUCCAUAUGUUCUAUUAUCUAGUGUCAUUUUAGGAAUUCAUGAGACUGGAAGGUUCUGAAGGAUGACUGACGCUGGUUUCUGUGAUGCCACUUGGAGUCUCCGGCACUGUGGAUUGAUAAGUAACGUGCAGAUUUAACUGCGCAACCUGGGGAGAAAGCAUCAGGAGUGCUACUACUUUUCAGCUCCUUAAGUGGACAGAAAUACAGUGUCAUCUAUCUGAAAGGGAAGAUUCUUCAACACGUUUUUACAGCUAAUAAUAAAGACAACAUAGCAUCAUCUAUCUUCCUGAUUUACAGCGCAUCACCUUCCAAGACAGAUGAUCUGUCCGAAGCUGGAGGAUGCCCACAGAGCACAUAAUAAUGAAGUGGUGAAUUGAUACUGCUGCUUCUGCCACCUAAUUGUCAGCAUCACAGCCAAUAGAACGGCACUGCCCUUUUUCUGCUCACUUAAUCAGGGCAGGAACAGCAGGGUGGACAUGGCUGGCCUCGUUAACAACCUGCUAAUACUGUUUGUGGUUUUUCAAAACAUCUGUUUGGGUUUCAGAAGCCCACUUUCUGUCUUCAAGAGGUAUAAAGACACCACCAGACCUCUUUCCAGUGAAUGCCUUGGAAGUGACCGGCCGGUGAUUUCACUUGGUCUGUCAGAUUUUGCAUUGGACAUUCGCAUGCCUGGGGUGACGCCUAAGCAGUCUGAUACCUACCUCUGCAUGUCAGUACCCCUGCCGGUGGAUGAUGAAGCCUAUGUAGUUGACUUUAAGCCUCAUGCCAGCAUGGACACUAUCCAUCACAUGUUACUUUUUGGAUGUAAUGAACCCUCUUCUACUGAAAAUUACUGGGACUGUGAUGAAGGAACAUGCAAAGACAAAUCUAACAUUUUGUAUGCUUGGGCAAGAAAUGCUCCACCCACCAGGUUACCCAAAGGUGUUGGAUUCAGAGUUGGAGGAGAAACAGGUGGCAGAUUUUUUGUGCUCCAGGUACACUAUGGGGAUAUCAGUGCAUUUAGAGAUAAACACAAGGACUGUUCUGGUGUAACUUUACAUCUCACACAUCAAAAGCAGCCUUUGAUUGCUGGAAUGUAUCUUAUGAUGUCUGUGAACACUGUAAUACCACCAGGCGAGAAAGUGGUUGAUGCAGACAUUGCCUGUCAUUACAAAAGGUUUCCAAUGCACCUUUUUGCCUACAGAGUUCAUACACACAGACUAGGUAAAGUAGUGAGUGGAUACAGAGUGAGAAAUGGUCAGUGGACGUUGAUUGGUAGACAGAGUCCACAACUACCACAGGCAUUCUACCCAGUAGAACAUCCUGUAGAUGUUAACUAUGAUGAUAUCCUAGCAGCUAGAUGUGUGUUCAGUGGUGAAGGCAGAACUACAGAGACACGUAUAGGGGGAACAGCCAAUGAUGAAAUGUGUAAUUUUUACAUUAUGUACUAUAUGGAAGCCAAGCAUGCUGUCUCAUAUAUGACCUGCACACAGAAUGCAAACCCUGAGAUGUUCAGAAAUAUACCGCAGGAGGCAAAUAUUCCUAUUCCAGUCAAGUCUGAUAUGCUAAAGGUGACGCAUGGACAUCAUGAAGAAACCAAGGGUACUGAUAAAAGUUCUUUGCUGCAGCAGGCCAAAAAAGAAGAGGAAGAGAUUUUGGAUCAGGGUGAUUUCUAUUCACUCCUUUCCAAGCUGCUAGGAGAAAGGGAAGAUGUUGUGCAUGUGCAUAAGCAUAACCCUACAGAAAAGGCAGAGUCAGAUUUUGUAGCUGAGAUUGCUAAUGUAGUCCAAAAGAAGGAUCUUGCCAGACAGAUCACAAAUCAUGAGAGGGACAAUACUAUUCUUGUCAGAGACAGAAUUCACAAAUUUCACAGACUAGAGUCUACCUUGAGGCCACCAGAGAACAGACAUUUCUCUUUACGACAGCCUAAACAUGGUGAGGGAAGCUGGGAAAAAGGACAUACAGGAGAUUUCCACAUAGAAGAGGCUGUGGAGUGGCCUGGAUUAGACCUCAAACUAGGCCAAGUUUCUGGGUUGGCUCUGGACCCUGAAAAUAACCUAGUUAUCUUCCACAGAGGUGAUCAUGUUUGGGAUGAAAAUUCUUUUGAUAGCAAAUUUGUUUAUCAGCAAAGAGGACUCGGACCAAUUGAACAGAACACAAUUCUUGUCCUGAAUCCAAGUAAUGCAAAACUGCUUCAUUCCAUGGGCAAAAGUCUAUUUUAUUUACCACAUGGUUUGAGUAUAGAUAAAAAUGGUAACUACUGGGUCACUGAUGUAGCUCUCCAUCAGGUUUUCAAACUGGGAGCACAUGACAAAGAACCACUACUGAUCUUAGGAGUGGCUUUGCAACCGGGCAGUGACAGAAAUCAUUUCUGUCAACCAACUGAUGUGGCCGUGGAUCCCAUCACUGGCAGCAUUUAUAUCUCUGAUGGCUACUGUAACAGUCGAGUCAUUCAGUUCUCUCCAAAGGGGUUGUACGUGAUGCAGUGGGGAGAAGGUACAGAGACUUCUUUAGGCAGAGCCAGACCUGGACAGUUUCAUAUUCCUCACAGCUUAGCCCUGAUCCCCGACUUCAGUCAGCUAUGCGUUGCAGACAGGGAAAAUGGUCGAAUUCAGUGCUUCAAGUUAGAGACUGGGGAGUUCAUAAGAGAGAUCAAGCACAAAUUGUUUGGAAGAGAGUUGUUUGCAGUUUCAUAUGUUCCAGGUGGUUUCCUCUUUGCAGUUAAUGGAAUGCCUUAUCCUGGAGAGGCAGAACCAGUGCAAGGAUUUGUGAUGAACUUCUCUACUGGAGAAAUAAUUGAUACUUUCAUUCCGCUUAGAAAGAACUUUGAGAUGCCACAUGAUGUUGUUGCUUCAGAAGAUAAAACAGUAUUCGUUGGAGAUGUUCAUGCCAGAGCAGUGUGGAAGUUUGCAUCCAUAGAAAAAAUGGAACAUCGGUCAGUUAAAAAGGCUGGUAUUGAGGUACAGGAAAUAAAAGAAUCAGAAACAAUUGUAGAAGCCAGAUUGAAAAACACCCCAGAACCAACAGACCAUCUAAAGAAGCAAGAAAAGCAACAUUUGGUCCAACAGGCCAGCACUGGAGUUUCCUUUGUUCUUAUUACAACUCUUCUAAUUAUUCCUGUUGUUGUCCUGCUGGCAAUUUUACUGUUUAUUUGGUGGAAGAAGACAACUGUCUAUGGAGCUGAUGGGGAACAUAAACUUGGUUCAAGUUCAGGCAGAAUUUUAGGCAAACUUAGAGGGAAAGGCGGUGGUGGUCUUAACCUUGGGAACUUCUUUGCAAGUCACAAAGGCUACAGCCGAAAAGGGUUUGACCGACUGAGCACUGAAGGAAGUGAUCAAGAAAAAGAUGAAGAUGAUGGCACAGAUUCAGAGGAAGAGUGUUCAGCACCUCCGCCUCCUUCAGCACCUUCAUCAUCCUGAAACCAGCCUUUGAGUUCUCCAUUAUAUGAUUCAACCCAGAAUGUCAGAUUCCUUUUCCCUGAAGCACGUUUAAGAUUUUGUGUAUUUAAUUGUAAACUGUACUAGUCUGUGUGGGGCUGUACACUGGUUCCUUUAAUUUUUGUUUGGUUUUAGUUCUGGUUUUUAAGUGGAGGAGUGUAUGGAAGUUCCAUAUCAGUGCCGUUGUUUUUUAUGUGAACAUCUUAAUAAAGCAAACAGUCUUCUAAUUGCAGCACUGAUUUAAAGCAGUAGUAUUUUCUCAUCUGAAUUUGGGGAUCUUGUAAAUAAGUCUUACUAUCUGCUUGAUCAAAGUAUUUUUCUCAUAACUAUUAAGUUGCCAGUUUGUUUUGUGCCUUUCCUCUUCAAUGUCCUUAACCUGUUGCAGUACAAAGAAAAUACAGUGCCACAAGAAAAUGAAGCUGCUAAAUCUUCUUCUAUUUUUUUAAAAUCACUAACAUUAUAUUGCAUUGAAGGAAAGAAAAAAGUCUCUAUUUAAUUUUUUUUCUUCUUCUAACUUGAUGUGUUUCUGGGAUGUCUUAUUUUUAGAUGGUAUCACUGUUAGAACACUAUUUUCAGAAGCUGAAUGUAAUUUGUGUAAUAAAGUAUUCGCAGAGCAUUA